UUUGUUCAUUUGGUAUUUUAUACAUGUUGCAUUAUGUUAGCUAACAUGCUAACCUCUAAAACAUUAAAGAGUCACUUGUAAUUCUGAGGACUUCUGAGCUGUCCAGCUGUUCUUGUGUUGGUCAGUAAAUAGCUCUCUGUAAGCUGAAGUCAUGAAAACACAAUGUCUCCUUGUGUUUCUACAUAUUUUAAGUAAACGUACAACGCAUGACAGAUUUGAAGUAGCUGUCUAGCUUCUAGUCUUUAGCUAUAAUUAUUUUAAUUGAAUAUCAAAUUAUUCAUUAAUGUGUGAUUGAAAAUGGAGUUUGAUAUUUGUCAUCUUAGUGUGCUUCAUGCAUUCAUGCUAAAUUUGACUAGCUGUGAGGUUUCACAACUUUUAGUUGUUUUUUUUAAGUUUGUGAACACUUACAGAAGUGCUUUGUGUGGGCGCACAAGAAACCAGACACGAUUGUCGUGAACGCACGUGAGUCCCUGUAUAACUGUGCUCAGUAGCCUUCAGAAGAGACUGAACAUCACAUUCAAUAAAAUCACGACGCAGCAGAAACUGAAAGGAUAUGCACAGGGUCGGCAGUUCGAUCCCGGCUUCCCCCAGCCCACGUGUCGAAGUGUCCUUGGGCAAGACGCUGUCCAGAGGGCUGUGUGUCUAAUCAGGCGGAUCUUGAGCAUUAAUACAACAGCCCUGCUAUAUUUAUAAAGUUAUAAAUGUUCCAUUUACUUGACACAUUAUCAGAUAAGUCUUGAUUCAGCUUUACGGUCAUUCUGGAGGCUGUAGUUUAUGGUGUUGUGUUCGAAUAUUAUGUCCCUCCUCACAAAGACACUUUUUGACUGUUCAGAAUAAUUGGGCUUUGUUUCAUGAGCCAUAAAUACGUAAAAAACGUGACAUUGACAAAGUAUCAUGUAGCAAAACAUCUCAACAUCAACAUAAAAAACGAAUUUAGUCACAUUGGAACACUAGACUGCGCCCACUAUAACCGUUGUUGUUUGCGCUUUUCACAAAACCCUACGUACUACAUCAAUAGGGCAAAAAAACAGCAUAUCACACGGAUCUUCUGUUUCCGCUUCGUGCAGCGCGUAGAGCGAGACUUCCGCUGUGCGAGCCGGCUAACUUCCCGUUUAGCCCUCCGCUAACUUGAAUGGGGAUAAAAUGAUUUAAUCGUGCUAACUUUCCAAAUGUUAUCGGACCCAAUGGAUCAAAUUCUGAUAGUGAAACGAGCCAUUUCGCGGGGGCUGUGACCCGUUUUACUGCCUCUUCUUUCACAGUGUAAGUCUACGGGGCAAGUAUUUAUGGCCCAGUGUGCAUCACCUGACGAACCCGGAAGUUGUAAUUCUACGGUUUGGCCACUCUCUCAAAUCGGCUUCAAAGCCCGGAGCCUUUCCUGGGGGGUCACGUCUAGACUGUAACCCUGGAUUUGAGGAAACUCUCACGAGAUGUUUAGGAGAUGUCACGUUAAGGAAUGCGCACAAUGAAAUAACAAUGCGUACAAAUUUCAUCAGAGUUUGGCAAAUCCAGGGUUACCAUCUAGACACGACCCUUCCUGGGGGGUCGGGUGGAGUCAGCAAGCUUCUGUUUCCGUAUCACAUGAUCGCACGCACCAUAUAUCAGCCCUGAUCGGAAAGCUGAGAAUCUAACGAUUCAGAAACAAUUGAAAUCUCGUCUCUAUCGUAAACAGUAACAAAGUUAUUUAAGUUUUGUUAAACACGACGUUCGGUUUUAGAGGGUAAAGAGGCUUUAGGGUGAUAAAAUAAGCAGUGGCUCAGUGUGAAUCGUAACAGAAAGUUUAGCGGUGGUAAAAACAGAAAUAAAAUGAGUCGUGAAAACGUUUGCGUCUUUCAAAAGAUCACUUCAGAAAAACAGAAGCUGGCCUGAUGAAAGUGAAACUUAAAGUCUUCUGUGGUUCAUAGCGACUGUGAAAUGCUGCAAUGGGAAGAAGCCAGUCUAAACCUGCUGCUACACUUCUUGAUACACCAUGGAGAGUCAUAAACUGGAGAGACAAAGAGAGGGAGCUGAAGUACGUGAACAACUACAAACCCCAGACUAAAGACCAGCAGCUCCGGAUUCUGCUUCACGGGCCGGUUGGAGCUGGAAAGUCCAGUUUCAUCAACUCUGUGAAAAGUGUCUUGCAAAACAAAAUGUGCAGACAGGCUUUGGUGGACAACACCGCUCACGAGUGUUGCACCAAAAAGUACAAAACCUACAGGAUCCAAAAAGGAGGCCUGAACACCUUUUACCCUUUUGUCUUCAAUGACAUGAUGGGCCUGAAAAACAGCACCUACAGACAGCGAAAGAUCCACGUGAAGGAUGUCAAACGGGCGAUAAAGGGACACGUGAAAGACGAUUACACGUUCAAUCCUGAAUGUAAGUUAUCUAAGAGUGAUCAAUACUACAACAAAUCCCCGACUGCCGACGACAAAGUGCACAUUCUGGUUUGUGUCAUCGAUGCCAACACGGUAUCUCUGAUGUCGAAAGAAUGUCGGGACGCGUUACGGGACAUCAGAUGUGAGGCCAGUGAACUGGGGGUUCCUCAGGUGGCCAUUCUCACCAAAAUUGACGAGGUCUGUCCUGAAAUCAAACAAGAUGUAAAGAACGUCUACAGGAGCAUAGUGCUGCAACAAAGGAUGGAGGCGUUCAGUGCGGAAGUGGGUAUUCCCCUGAACUGCAUCUUCCCCGUGAAGAACUACCACGAAGAAAUCCACUUAAACGAUGACGCCGACUCACUGAUCCUGAGCACACUGAGAAGCAUCGUGGACUCUGGAGAAGACUUUCUCAACAGCGCUGCGUAACGUCCAAGACUGCGUCGACGGGAGCGCCGCUGGCGUUACGUUUCAUGCAUUUUGGAGGAUUUCGUUGUUCCUGUGAAUGCCACCGCCGUCUGUCCGAGACGUUUUGUAACUCUGCUUUUUUUUUUUUUUUGCUGCAUAAAUGAAUGUGAUGAAAUGUGUCGUGGAACGAGCAGCAGUGGCAUCUGAAAGUUUCAGUCUGAGGUCAUGACUGAUGCUCCUCAGUUCUUAUUAAGGGAUGUGUGAAUAAACUACUGGAUGAUUAAGACUUUUUGAUUGCUUGUGUCUGGGUUUGGGUUUUUAUCACUUAAACGUGGUGUCUGUUUCUUUUUUUCUUGCAUAAAUUCAGCUCUAGUAAUAACUGAAAUAUAUCUAGAACAAUAAAACAUCUUUAAUUGAAGUGACAAAUUCUUACAAAGUACAGUAAAAAGGUAAAAGGUGUGGCAGGGUUCACUUAUUUGAGUCGUGAGAGAUGAGUCAUUAGAAGCAUUAUUAACUUCAAGGAGUUCAUUCUGAUUCGUUCAGGCUGAAGCUUUAACCUGCUCACCGCGUGGCCACAGCGCCUCCCGCAGGCCGGAGGACGCCAUUACAGCUCGAUCAGUGACAUCACUAACCACCGUCAAGUCUAAACACUGUUUCUGAUUUCUCAAGCCAUAGUUGAAAGGUCGGCGUCCCAGUUUCGCCUCGACCCUUUCUGAGUCAGACGGGUUUUAUUAAUGCUUUUGGACAAAAUGAGCUGGAGCUUCAGAUUUCUGCUCUUCUGAGCUCUUUAAUGACUUUUUAACACGGAGAAGACCGUGUGGACAUUAAGUGAAAAACACACCAACCCCCGGAAAACAUCACUUCUUCCGUACAAAUCAUAUUUCUUUAUGUCUGCAAACAUAUAUCAGUAAGUAAUUUAUGUCUAAUUUCAUUUUUGUUAUUUUUCCAGUGCAGUAAAUAAUGUAAAGGGUUUGUUGGACCCCUGAGUUGGCACAUUACACCCCCACUUAUGCUUAUUCUUUAGCAGCGUGUUUUUAUUUAUUUUUUUAAUUAGGAUUGAUUAGGAACGCUCUUGGAGUCGCUUGGAUUGUUCUUCUUCUUCUUAUUCCCCCCAAAAAAUAUCUGGAUCUCAGAGACGUCGCCACCGACAGCAGCCAGAGGCGGAUCCAUAAGUCUGCUGUGUUCCUCGGCUGACCGCCUGGUGGCGCUACAACAGCCACUUUCACAUUUUGGUCAGUGACUUCUGAGCUGACGAUGAAAAUGACUUUUUUUCAGCGAGUGUACCCGUCACGGUGUGGGCCACGGCCACGUUAGCUCACGGGAUUUAAAUAAGGUCCAAAACAGUCAGCAGGUUUCACACGGAAAGGGUUUGGAUCAAGCUGCACAAAAGCUGUACUGGAUUUUGAGUUUAACUGCAAUUAAUUCUCAAAGCUGCGUCCUUUUUCCAACCGCUCCACGACGUGCUGGUCGUGACUCAUCCCCCCACAAUGCACCACAGAGCGCCACAGGAAGUCGUUCCUGCCUGUGGCCAUCAGACUCUUUAACUCCUCCCUCUAAGUGUCA